AUGUGGAAUGUGGAACCUCAAAAGUCAAAACACUUGACAUACCCGCGUGGCGAACAGAAUCACAACAAAAGAGACGAAGAAAGAGAGGAAAGAGAGGAGACGAAGAAAGAGAGAGAGACGAUAAGGUUCCUCGGAGGCUACAAGACCGCUUCCGUCACCUGCGUCGUCGUUGCCAUCAGUAUCUACGUCGCUUUCAGCUUCACCAAAUCUCCAGUGAAUCGUACCGACGCAGAAGACUACAUGAAGAGGAGCAUGUAUUCCGCGAUGCCAGAAGACGAAGAGAGCGAGCUACCUUACUCGCGACUGGAGUUCGGCUACUACCACGCGUCUUGCCCAUUGGCAGAGAGAUUGAUUCGCAAUUCUGUAAAGAAAGUGUACAAGUCGAGACCAGCCAUAGCUCCGUCUCUCAUCCGGCUCCUCUUUCACAACUGCUUUAUCGAGGGAUGUGAUGCCUCAGUCCUUCUAGACGCAGAUGAAUCUCAGACUUCUGAGAAAGAAGCCGCUCCGAACCUCACUUUGAGAGGAUUUGAGGUGAUCGACGCCAUCAAGUCUGACCUAGAAAAUAUUUGUCCUGGAAUUGUUUCUUGCUCUGACAUUCUUGCUGUGGCCACUAAAGAAGCCGUCGAACUGUCAUGUCAUGGAACUCUCAGGCUGGUGGUCCAAGUUAUAACCUACAAACUGGAAGGAGAGAUAGCCCUAGUGGCCUUCAAGAAUAUUGCAGAACAGGAGCUUCCGUCGCCACGAGCUAGUCUAUCGGUAAUUCUUGCAAGGUUUGCAUCUAGAGGAUUUAACCAGCAAGAAACCGUCAGCUUAUUGGGAGCACAUAGCGUAGGCAUUACCCACUGCACGUUCUUUGAUGACCGCAUCUACAACUUCUCAGGAACCGGCAAGCCUGACCCUGAACUCAAUCCAGACUUACUCAAGGGACUGAGAAGGAAAUGUCCCUUCUCAGGUUCAUCUUCAUCACCAUCUGUACCUGAAGAAGAUGAUCUCAUCGACUGUAGGAGCAGCUCGGAAAACACUAAAGAGAGAACAGUCGAUCUGAGUUUUGGGAAUGAAGGAGGUAGGCUUAAGUUUGGAACACGUUAUUUUAAAAGACUUUUGGAGAACAAAGUCCACAUGUUUUCUGACCAGCAGCUAAUGAGCAAGGAAGAGACUGCCAAGUGGGUUAGAAAAUAUGCUUCUAACCCACUGGAGUUCCACCGUGACUUUGCAAUGGCGAUGGUGAAGCUCUCCACUUACCACGUGUUGACUGAUCCACUUGGUCAAAUAAGAUCUAAUUGCUCACUAAUUCUGCCUUAA